UUAGCCACAAUCUUUAACACGGGGACUUCCGGCUCGUCAUGGACAUUGAAGGCUUCAAAAUAAGAGUAUGUUUACGUGUAUUAUAAACCCGUUAUCAAUGUAUCUCUCAGUACGAUGUAAACAUUUUCCUAUUGAAUAUUGCACUUAGGUUACUGUUACAAAUCUAGGCUCAUAAAUAGUGGAAACUUAUAUAAUAUUAUUAUAUAUUAUUUAUUUAUUUAUUAUAUUUUAAAAUAUAAAAUAAACUUUAAUGGUUACAAAUAGUUAAAUUUAAAAUUAAAUGGCCUAGAGUUGAAAUAAUUUCUUAUUUCAGAUGGACAGUAAGAAGAUCAGGAGAGAACACUACUAUCGCUUGGUGCAAUCCAUCAGAUUAGGGUUUGACAGACACGCAGCAGGAUUUGUGAGGAAGGGAUUUGAAUAUCCGAGAGAACACAAAUGCUCAAAGUCUGCCAUCAGGGUGCAACUGUGGAGAAUCCAGGCUGAGAUAAUUCGGUUUUUCCCCAAAAUGGACACUUAAGACACUAACUAGAUGGAUUUAUUUAUUUUUUAUUUUUGCCUUGUAGGCCUUCUAUAGAAAUUUAGUUCUGCUUAGCAUGUAAUAGAUAGCCUGGUGUUAGUGACAGGGAAUAGACUUUGAUUUAACUGUGUUAUAUGUGUUUUAGUUGAUUUGGAUUAAGAUUAGACAUGGAUAGACUUAAGACAAAGAAAUCAUAAAGGAAGUGUAUUUUGUUAAAUUAUAAGUAGUAUAAAAUAAUAGAGGUUAUAAUGAGAACAGUUUUAAAAGAGGUAGCUCGGCGCUUGCCAUGGCUGGCCAAUGCCACUUUGUACGGAUGUAUGUUUGCCAGUGGGGACCUGGUCCAUCAGCUUUUGGCCAAAAAUGAACAAAUGGACUGGAAGCACACUAGAAACGUGGCCAUUGUGGGCUUCUGUUUUCAGGGGCACUUUAACUAUUUCUGGCUGCGAGCUCUGGAGCAACGCUUUCCUGGAAAAUCAGCCCGGACUCUCUUUAAAAAACUGCUCCUCGAUCAAAGUUUUGCAUCUCCACUGGCCACCAGUGUCUUCUAUACAGGAGUGAGCUUCUUGGAAGGGAAGGAUGAGGUCUUGGAGGACUGGAGAGAGAAGUUUUUCAACACCUGGAAGACUGGACUCUUGUUCUGGCCAUUCAUGCAGUUCCUCAACUUCGCACUGAUGCCUCCACAUUUAAGGACCUCUUUCAUGGCCUGCUGUGCAUUUGUUUGGGCCACAUUUUUGUGUUUCUCACGUCAGAAUGGAGAUGGGACAGCCGGCGUUGCAUUAGCGUUCAUCAUGGACCCAAGAAAAACACUUGAGGACCUUGAGGAGGCACGCAAAAAACGCAAACUCCAAAAGGAGGAUUUUUGGAUCCACAAGUAGAAUAACAAGCAAUCAAACAAAUGUUUUACUUUUAAAUCAAUGAUCCAGUUCUCUCUUCUCCCAGUAACCCAGUAUUCAUUUUUAUAACCCACUAGAUUGCUCCUAAGAAAAUAAUGUGAAACAACAUGUAAACUUAAGAUACACCCAAAAUAAUGUAUUUGCCUUACGAAGAUAUACAAUGAUAUGCAAAAAGUGUGGCUAUACAGCUCCCUUCUUGCUUUUGAAUUGGAUUGUAAUAAAAGCAUUAUAAGACAUUGCUCCAGUGAUGGUGGAUUAACAGGGAUCAGUUCAUUGUUAAUCCCCCAUGACCCUGUAACACCAUGACCUCACUGACAGGAAAUAAAAUGUCCAGAGAUGAGCAGGCUUCCUCAACGCAUCCACUGUGCAGAGUUAACCUGUAACAGAGGAGACUAUGGUGGUCUCUCAUAGCUCUCCCCUAAUCUGAGAAAAAAAAAAAUGCAUUGAAAAGCUGAGUGGGGUCACCUCUUCGAAGACCAAAGUAAUUCUCUAUGCAAGCAGAUGGUGGACUAUCCACCUAAAACGUUACAUAGUAGUCGUACAUACCUUUAACUGAUGUUUUGUUGAAUAUCCAGAAAACAUUAGCUAUCUGUCUUUACCAAAGUAAAGUAUAAACGUUAUGUUUGGGCCUUGCAUGGUCAGCCCCAUAUACUGUCCAAGCAAUCUGAGGCUGGAAAUAAUUAUACCAAAUUGCAAUAAAAGAAUGUAUAAUGAUUUACUACACAUAUGAUCAAACCUUAUUUUCGUUCCUUUCAAGGUAACUUCAUACCGUUGUCUCUAAACCUUUUCUUUAAUUUUUUACCAUUCAAAUGAGACCGAAAAGAGAAUUAAGGCUACUUUUCAGAAAGUAGGUCAAAUUUAAACACCACACCAGAAGCACUUAAAUGCCUGCAG